AUGUUGGAUGAGUAUUUCGAGUUUUGCAAAUAUGGUUCAAGGCGCUUACAUGAGGACAUGAGUUCCACCUCCCCUUCGCUACUGUUGGGCAAUCAUGAGAUCACCAAUGGCUCCAUGCUGGUGAACUACGUGCUGCGGAGAGUUGUGACGACCGGCCUUGCCGACUACGCCGGAGAAGUCACCUGGGGGCCUCCCACGAAGUUGGGCUUCAAGGCAUCCCAGCUCCCGUUCGUGUGGCGAGCUGUCAGGAGCAUCUUUGAGGUGCCGGCGGUUGGUGAGGCGUUUGGGAAUUCGCUGGUUGCCGAGUCUCUCCCGCUGUACUACUUGCUGGCACCCUUGGAACCAGGCUUGCCCACGUUCAUGGAGGAGGUGGAGACUCUUCAGAUGCUGCUAGACCAUAUGGGGCAAGACAAGCCGAAGCGCUGCGUGGCCGGGCUCCACAACAUUUCUGUGGCCCCACAAGGCCCCAGUGAGGAGGCACUGGCUGAUGUAUGCCGGCUGUGCAAGGAAGUCCUUGGCUGCCGUCAAGCUGAGGACGGUACCUACCGCAUACUGCGCCUGACCUUACGGCAGUGCUCGGCUUUGCAAAGUGUACCUGCUCAGCCAGUUGCGCCAUUACAAUCGGUGAGGAUCCUCGACGUGGGCGAUGCAAACUGCUUGCAGCCACGAAAGCUGGCUACCCUCAUCGCAAUAUGGAGCUCACCACGCAUCGGAGCCCCUCUCUCUAGCUGGCUGGACGAUCCGCGGCUUGCAGGUGGACGUGUCCUCUCCACAGGUGCCGGAAUGGAUUUGCGAGCUUCACGGGCUGCGCCGCUUGAACAUCGCGCCGUGGCAGGGGAGCUCAAUGAGAGCCCUCCCAGAGUGCCUGGGCAAGCUGACAGAGCUGGUAAAUCUCAAUGUCGUUGGAAACAACCUCACCGGCAAAGCUUCCCUUCCGCUCUCCCUCAGCAAUCUCACGGAGCUGCGCGUCUUUGA